AUGUCUAAGAGCUGUGUAAUCUGCGGGACUGAGGAGAGCGAAGGCGAGCUGCUUCUCGAAGCACCCUGCGGUCGCCAUUGGGUCUGCCCUGACGAUGUCGGAAGCUUUUUUGAGAAUGCGACCAACAACGAGAGCCUUUUCCCGCCACAGUGCUGCGAAACAAUGUUCAUGCUGGAAGAUUACGAGGACUAUAUAUCGUUCGAGAUUGCGUGGGCGUAUCAGAUGAAGCAGCAGGGCGAGUAUUCAAUUCUGGCAAAAUUUCGUGUCUAUUGCGCAAACCCAGCCUGUGGAAAGUUCUUACACCCCGAAUCGCACGUGGAGGACCAAGAGACCAAGAUUACCUACGCCAUCUGCGAUUCUGAAGAAUGCGGUAAGCUGACUUGCGCAAAAUGCAAAGCCUUGCUCGUAGACGGUACCCAAAACCAUGAGUGCAAACAAACCGAGGACGAGAAAAAGUUCAAGCAGACAGCCAAUGAGAAAGGUUACCAAGAGUGCUUUGUCUGUGGCGCGACUGUAGAGUUGGCUGAGGCAUGCAAUCACAUCACUUGUGAGUGCGGUAGCUCGUUCUGCUAUAUCUGCGGCAAGGAUUGGCCCGGUCUCCACGGCUGCCCGCAUUACGGUCCCGCCGUCUACGAUGAAGAAGGAUACAACCAGGACGGUUACCAUCGAGAAAGUGGUCUCAACCGACAGGGUCUUACUCGCCGUCAAGACAUGAUUCGUCGUCGUGAAGAAGAUGAGGAAGACGACGAUGAAGAAGGCGAAGACGAAGAUAAUGAGGAUGAGGAUCCUGAGUGGGAAGUCCUGCAACAUCUGACACCCGACCAGCGCGCUUUGGUCAACCAGCUUCCUCACGGGCCUCGCGAAGACGCUCUAGAUCAGUUCCGCAUCACGUUGUUCGAGACCCAAGGUAUCACGUUCGACCAGUUU